GAGCUCUUGCAGGGGAUUUACAUCAUGGGCUUCAACAGACCAUCCAAAAUCCAGGAGACGGCUCUGCCCAUCAUGCUGGCGUAUCCGCCCCAAAAUCUGAUUGCCCAGAGCCAGUCAGGGACAGGGAAAACGGCAGCUUUUGUCUUGGCGAUGUUGAGCAGAGUUAAUGCCGCUGAGAAAUACCCGCAGUGCCUCUGCUUGGCUCCCACCUACGAGCUGGCCCUGCAGAUUGGGUGCGUGAUCGAGACCAUCGGCCGGUUUUGCGCUGACAUCAAGGUGACGUAUGCUGUCCGGGGAAACCGAGUUGGCGCCGGGCUGGAGGAGCAGAUCGUCAUCGGGACUCCGGGCACAAUGCUGGACUGGUGUUUCAAACGGAGAGUCGUAGACGUGAAGAAGAUCAACAUGUUCGUGCUGGAUGAAGCCGACAUCAUGAUCGACACUCAGGGCCUCUCCUACCAAAGCAUUCGCAUUCAGAGGGCUUUACCCAAGGGCUGCCAGAUGCUGCUGUUCUCGGCCACCUUCAAGGAAACCGUGCGGGCAUUCGCCAUGCAAAUCGUCUCCAACCCCAUCGUCAUCAAGCUGCGCGAGGAAGAGCUCACGCUCAGCAACAUCAGGCAGUACUUCUUCGUCUGCAGGAGCAGGGAGGAGAAGUACAGAGCCCUCUGCAACAUCUACGGCAGCAUCACCAUUGGCCAGGCUAUGAUCUUCUGCCAGACUCGGCGGAGCGCAGACUGGCUGUCGGUGGAGAUGAGCCAGGACGGGCACCGGGUGGCCAUCCUGACAGCGGAGCUGACAGUGGCCCAGCGGGCCGAUGUCAUCCAGCGCUUUCGCGAUGGCAAGGAGAAGGUCCUCAUCGCCACCAACGUCUGCGCCAGAGGGAUCGAUGUGCAGCAGGUCACCAUCGUGGUGAACUUCAGCCUCCCCACCGAUCAGAACCACGAGCCGGAUUUCGAGACCUACCUCCACCGCAUCGGGCGAACGGGACGCUUCGGGAAGAAAGGCAUCGCCUUCAGCAUGGUGGAAAGCCAGAGCGUGGGGCUCGUGCAGAUGAUAGAGGAGCAUUUCC